GUCUGAUCAUUGAGUCCAGUUGGUUAAUGAGGGACACCAGCUUAAGUCUUCUCUUCUUGCUUCUCACACAUAUGAAUAUAGAAAAAAGGAGCUUUACACAUUCACCCUGAAACCAUGAAAGAUGAUAAAGCUUUGUCCUUUAUCUCUUUCUCCACUUCUUUACUGAAACGAUGUCUUUCUCCAAGUUUUCCCAUUGCAACAACCACUGGGUUUGGCUCAUCUUGUCGUCUUGCGUCUUAAUUGGUUUCAGUAAGAGAAAAAGCUUUCCGCUUCGGACCACCAUGUCACAGCUUCUUCUUCUUCUUCUUCUUCUUCUUGGGGAGCUGAAUCUGAGAUUAGAUAUGUCUAUAACUUGUGAACUCUCGAAUCUCACUUCAAAGAAGGCAAAGGAAUCAAGCGGUGGCAGGAAAUGGAUUAAAAAGCCUCUCUUGUUCUUGAUUCUGUGUGGCUUAACAGUCUCUAUGGUAAUUGUUCUUCUGAUGUUCUCUCGGAAGGAGGAGACAGGUUCUUGUGAUGGAGAAGCUAGAGUGUUGUACAGACAUCAAAACGUCACAAGGAGUGAGAUUCAUGAUUUGGUCUCUUUGUUCUAUGAUUCAGAUCAGGUAACAUCAUUUGAAUGUCGAAAGGAAUCUAGCCCUGGAAUGUGGGAAAAUUAUGGUAUUACAUGUGCCCUGAAUAUGCGUUGCGAGAAAGAAGAGACUGGAGGGGCUCCUUUGAAUCUUGAUCCAUCAGGCUUACAACACUAUAUUUCAUCUACAGCUCGCGUCUGCGAUAAUCUUGAGCAGAGUUUACUGCAAUCCAAAGAACCUGUAAACCAUGACGAAGGACUGAAUUGGGAUGUGUCAACCUAUUUGAGGAAUACAUGGUGGUGUCUAAUCCUUGGUGUAUUAGUGUGCCAUAAGGUGUUUGUUUCUCAUUCUAGAGCACCAACUGAGAGAAAAGAAAACGUAAAUCCGCAAGAGGCUUUAGCUCAUAAGCAGCGUCCUCAGACCGCUUUUAGAGGGGCUGGAAAAUGGAGGAAGAACAUCCUUCUCCUCGGUGUCAUCGCAGGAGUUUCCAUGUCUGUUUGGUGGUUCUGGGACACCAAUGAGAAGAUCAUAUUGAAAAGGAGAGAAACUUUAGAGAACAUGUGUGAUGAACGAGCCCGUGUGUUACAAGAUCAGUUCAAUGUUAGCCUGAACCAUGUUCACGCCUUGUCUAUUCUUGUAUCCACUUUUCACCAUGGUAAAACUCCAUCAGCCAUUGAUCAGAAAACCUUUGGUGAAUAUACGGAGAGAACAAACUUUGAGAGGCCUCUCACCAGUGGUGUUGCGUAUGCUUUGAAAGUCCCACACUCCAAAAGAGAGCAAUUUGAAAAGGAGCAUGGAUGGACAAUAAAGAAAAUGGAAACUGAGGACCAGACACCUGUCCAAGAUUGUGUUCCUGAGAAUUUUGACCCAGCACCCAUUCAAGACGAAUAUGCGCCAGUUAUAUUUGCUCAAGAAACUGUUUCUCAUAUUGUAUCGGUCGACAUGAUGUCUGGAGAAGAAGACCGUGAAAACAUCUUGCGUGCAAGGGCAUCAGGAAAAGGAGUAUUAACAUCUCCAUUUAAGCUUCUGAAGUCAAAUCAUCUCGGCGUGGUGUUGACCUUUGCUGUCUAUGAUACGAACCUACCGCACAAUGCUACAGAAGAACAACGUGUUGAUGCUACUAUUGGGUACCUUGGUGCAUCAUAUGAUAUGCCAUCUCUGGUGGAGAAACUUCUUCACCAACUUGCCAGCAAACAGACAAUUGUAGUGGAUGUUUAUGAUACAACUAACGCCUCAGAUCUGAUUAAAAUGUAUGGCUCAGAAACUGGGGAUAUAAGUGAACAACACAUAAGUAGCCUUGAUUUUGGUGAUCCAUCAAGGAAUCAUGAGAUGCACUGCAGGUUUAAGCAUAAACUUCCCAUCCCGUGGACCGCGAUAAUAUCGUCAGGCUUAGUUCUGAUUAUUACUUUUCUGGUUGGUUAUAUCUUCCAUGACGCAAUCAGUCGAAUUGCAAUAGUUGAAGAAGACUGGCAGAAGAUGAAGGAACUGAAAGCUCGUGCUGAGGCUGCUGACAUUGCAAAGUCACAGUUCCUAGCAACUGUUUCUCAUGAGAUACGGACUCCAAUGAACGGUGUUCUAGGAAUGCUAAAAAUGCUGAUGGACACUGAUCUUGAUGCGAAACAAAUGGAUUAUGCGCAAACUGCUCAUGGCAGUGGCACAGAUCUUAUAUCACUAAUCAAUGAGGUUCUUGAUCAGGCUAAGAUUGAAUCAGGAAGGCUCGAGCUGGAAAAUGUGCCUUUUGAUAUGCGUUUAGUUCUUGAUAAUGUUUCUUCUCUACUCUCUGGCAAGGCAAAUGAAAAAGGAAUUGAGUUGGCCGUUUAUGUGUCUGGUCAAGUUCCUGAUGUUGUAGUUGGUGAUCCGAGUCGGUUCCGGCAGAUAAUUACUAACCUGGUUGGAAACUCGAUUAAGUUCACACAGGACAAGGGACACAUAUUUAUCUCAGUGCACAUUGCAGAUGAGAUGAGGGAGCCUGUAAAUAUUAAAGAUGCAGUGCUAAAACAAAGAGUAGCUUUAGGAUGCAGUGAGUCAGGGGAGACGGUUAGUGGGUUUCCUGCUGUAAAUGCAUUGGGAAGCUGGAAGAAUUUUAAGACAUUUGACAGCACUGGAGAUCAAAACUCUGGCAGAAUCAAAUUGCUAGUUACAGUGGAGGACACAGGAGUGGGCAUACCUUUGGAUGCACAAGGCCGUAUAUUCACUCCUUUUAUGCAAGCAGAUAGUUCCACAUCGCGGACCUAUGGUGGCACAGGAAUAGGUUUGAGCAUAAGCAAGCGUUUGGUUGAGCUCAUGGAAGGAGAGAUGGGGUUUGUGAGCGAGCCAGGGAUAGGCAGUACUUUUUCAUUUACUGGAGUUUUUGGGAGAGCAGAAACGAAUUUUACUAUAACUAAGUAUGAGAGAUUCGAUCUAGCUAUUCAGGAGUUUAAAGGAAUGAAGGCAUUGGUUAUUGAUAACAGAAAAAUCCGAGCCGAGGUCACAAGUUACCAUCUUCGGAGAUUGGGAAUAUCUGCAGACAUUGUUUCAAGUCUGAGAAUGGCAUGCACUUGUAUCAGCAAAUUAGGAAAUUUGGCUAUGGUUCUAAUCGACAAAGACGCUUGGAACAAGACAGACUUUACAAUACUUGACGAGUUGCUAACCUCUACCAAAGAAACCUCUACAAGACCACCAAAGAUUCUACUUUUGGCAACCUCUGCAACUCUUGUUGAGCGCAGUGAGAUGAAGUCUUCUGGUUUCAUUGACGAGGUGCUAAUAAAGCCACUUCGGAUGAGUGUCUUGAUAUGUUGUUUGCAAGAAAUACUUGUCAAUGGCAAGAAGAGGCAACCAAUCAGAAAGCGAAUCAAUCUUGGACACUUGCUCAGAGAAAAACGGAUUCUUGUUGUGGACGAUAACCUGGUGAACAGAAGAGUAGCCGAAGGCGCGCUUAAGAAAUAUGGAGCUGUUGUUACAUGUGUUGAGAGUGGCAAGGCUGCAUUGGCAAUGCUUAAGCCGCCUCACAACUUCGAUGCAUGCUUCAUGGAUCUCCAGAUGCCUGAAAUGGAUGGAUUUGAAGCAACGAGGAGAGUCCGUGAUCUGGAGAGGGAGACCAACAAAAAAGUAGCUUCUGAAGAAGUUCCUGUUGAAAUGUACAGUAAGUUCAGUAGCUGGCACGUCCCGAUUUUAGCAAUGACAGCUGAUGUGAUUCAAGCUAGUAACGAAGAAUGUAUGAAAUGUGGAAUGGAUGGUUAUGUCUCGAAACCGUUUGAAGAGGAAAAGCUCUACACAGCGGUUGCACGAUUCUUUGAAUCUAGUUAAAAGACCAUUGCCCUUGUAGGAUAUUAUCUUUCUCCUUGUAUAGUCAGUUUGUUGUAUAGCUCCAUUAUAUUCAUUCAUAUAAACGCAAACUCUCCUCUCUUGAACUGUAAAAACGGCUUGCAUGUUGUGUACUAAUAGUAAUGGUCCUUUAUGGGAA